AACAACACUCCCUUUCAUGAUCAGUCAGUCUCCUCUACAACUUUACCCUUCUCCCGCUUCUCUUCUCCUAGGGUUCCAUUCUACCCGUCUCCGGUCUCCACUCCCCAGUUCCCUCGAGCUCUCACCCGAUCCUCCCAUGCUGAUCUCCCGCUUCAGCCUCCGCUGAGUGUGCUUGGAGGACGCUGAGGGAAGAUGUCUUCAUCGGAAAGGGUGCCGGAGGAUCAGCCGGCGCCCAGACGGAUGCUUCGGGCGCUGACGAUGGGUAGUCUCGGGGAGUCCAACUUCGACAGCGAGGCCGUGCCUUCAUCCCUCAUCGAGAUCGCUCCCAUUCUUCGAGUCGCCAACGAAGUCGAGUUACAGAGCCCUCGUGUUGCUUAUCUCUGUCGUUUUUUUGCUUUUGAGAAAGCUCAUCGUUUAGAUCCGACUUCGAGUGGGCGAGGUGUUCGUCAAUUUAAGACUGCACUUUUACAGAGGUUAGAAAGGGAAAAUGAUCCUACACUUGAGGGAAGAGUCCAAAGAAGUGACCCGCGAGAAAUGCAGAGCUUUUACCGUGACUACCAUAAGAAGUCUAUCCAAGCACUCCAAAGUGCAGUGGAUAAAGCUGAUCGUGCUCAACUUACAAAAGCAUAUCAAACUGCUGCUGUAUUAUUUGAGGUUUUAAAAGCUGUUAACCAGACACAAUCUCUUGAAGUGGAACCUGAGAUAUUGGAAACUCACAAUAAAAUAGAGGAAAAGACUAAGACUCUUGGCCCGUACAAUAUUCUUCCUUUUGACCCAGAUAGUGCAAAUGAAGCUAUUAUGUGCUAUCCAGAGGUUCAAGCAGCUGUAUUUGCCCUUCGAAACAUAAGGGGUCUUCCAUGGCCGAAGGAUUGCAAGAAGAAAACUAAUGCAGAUCUAUUAGAUUGGCUUCAGAUUAUGUUUGGAUUUCAGGAGGAUAACGUCUCUAAUCAAAGGGAACACUUAGUUUUAUUACUUGCAAAUGCUCACCUACGCCAAAUUCCAAAGCCUGGCCAACAAUCCAAGUUGGAUGAACGUGCCUUAACUGAAGUCAUGAAGAAAUUGUUUAAGAACUAUAAAAAGUGGUGCAAGUUCUUGAAUCGCAAGAGUAGUCUAUGGUUGCCAACUAUACAACAGGAAGUGCAACAACGGAAGCUAUUGUAUAUGGGCUUGUAUCUCCUUAUAUGGGGUGAAGCUGCAAACUUGAGAUUUAUGCCAGAAUGUCUUUGCUACAUCUAUCAUCAUAUGGCCUUUGAACUAUAUGGAAUGUUAGCUGGGAAUACAAGCUCAGUGACAGGUGAAAAUUUAAAGCCAGCAUAUGGUGGUGAUAAAGAAGCAUUUUUGAAAAAAGUUGUAACUCCAAUUUAUCAAACAAUAGCAAAGGAGGCUGAGAGAAGCAAGAGAGAUAAAUCAAAACAUUCACACUGGCGGAAUUAUGAUGAUUUGAAUGAAUAUUUUUGGUCUAUAGACUGUUUUCGAUUAGGAUGGCCUAUGAGAGCUGAAGCUGAUUUUUUUUGUCAGCCACCACAACCUUUCAUGUACAAAAAGGAUGAAGUAAAUCCUAAAGUGUCUUUUGCCGAUAACAAACAAUCAAGCUCAGAUCGGUGGAUUGGAAAAAUUAAUUUUGUUGAGAUACGCUCAUUCUGGCAUAUUUUUCGAAGUUUUGAUAGAAUGUGGAUCUUCUUUAUCUUAUGUCUGCAGGCCAUGAUUAUAAUUGCAUGGAAUGGUGGCUCAAGUGCCAUCUUUGAUGGUGAAGUGGUUAGGAAGGUUUUAAGCAUAUUCAUAACUGCUGCAAUCCUAAAGCUGGGCCAAGCUGUGCUUGAUGUAAUCUUUAACUGGAAAGCAAGAAGAAGGAUGUCUUAUCUUGCUAAGCUGAGAUAUGUUUUGAAGGUUAUUUCGGCAGCUGUAUGGGUGAUAAUUUUACCAGUUACUUAUGCUUACUCUUGGAGAAAUCCUACUGGCUUAGCAAGGGCAAUUAAAGGCUGGCUCGGGGAUGGUCAGAAUCAGCCUUCGCUCUACAUUUUGGCACUUGUCCUUUAUCUAUUGCCAAAUAUGCUUGCUAUAUUGUUAUUCCUAUUCCCGUUUCUGAGACGGUUUCUUGAGCGUUCAAAUUAUAAAAUUGUUACUCUUUUAAUGUGGUGGUCUCAGCCUCAUCUAUAUGUGGGAAGAGGGAUGCAUGAAAGCUCAUGGUCACUUUUCAAAUAUACGGUGUUCUGGGUGCUUCUUAUAUCUACAAAGUUGGCCUUCAGUUUCUAUAUUGAGAUCAAUCCUCUUGUGAAACCAACAAAAGAUAUCAUGAGUGAGCAAAUAACAACUUACCAAUGGCAUGAAUUUUUCCCACGAGCCAAUAACAACAUUGUCGCCGUGAUUGUGCUUUGGGCUCCUAUAGUUCUUGUUUAUUUUAUGGACACUCAGAUCUGGUAUUCUAUAUUUUCAACUUUGGUUGGAGGCAUUUAUGGAGCUUGCCUUCGUCUUGGAGAGAUCCGCACAUUAGGAAUGCUAAGGUCAAGGUUUGAAUCCUUGCCUAGUGCCUUUAAUGGCCGGUUGAUCCCACGCGAACAAUCUGAAGCUAGCAAAACGAAGAGUUUACUUGCUUCUUUAUCUAGCAAGUUUGAAGAGACAAUUACUGAGAAGGAGGCAGCCAGAUUUGCACAAAUCUGGAACAAGAUAAUCACUAGUUUCCGAGAUGAAGAUCUAAUAAGUAAUAGGGAAAUGGACUUGUUGCUUGUUCCUUACACUGCUGAUCGUGAUUUGAGUAAACUGAACAUUAGACAGUGGCCUCCUUUCUUACUAGCUAGCAAGAUCCCUACUGCCCUUGACAUGGCAAAAGAUAGCCACAGAAAGUACCGUGAACUGAAGAAGAGAAUAAAAGCUGAUUAUUAUAUGAUUUGUGCUGUUGAAGAGUGCUAUGUGUCAUUUAAAAGCAUCAUCAAGGAUUUAGUUGAUGGUUACCCAGAAAAAGAGGUUGUAGACACAAUUUUCGUGAAGAUAGAGGAGAUUAUUAAAAUUAUUGAUGAUGAAAAGAAGAAUGAACUGGAUCUGAGUCAUCUUCCCAGUUUAUGCAAGAUAUUUAUUGACUUGAUUGAGUUGCUGAUGACUAAUAAGGAAGAGGACAGAGAUAAGGUUAUUAUUUAUUUCCAAGACAUGCUUGAGGUGGUGACUAGGGAUAUGAUGGACGAAGAGCUUGCUGGAAUUUUAGAUUCAAUUGCUCCCCUGGAGCAACAAGAUCAGUUAUUUGCAAAAGCUGGAGCUAUCAAAUUUCCUUUACAAGAAUCGAGUGCUUGGAUGGAGAAGAUCAAGAGACUUCACCUUCUGCUCACGGUCAAGGAAUCUGCAAUGGAUGUACCAUCCAAUCUAGAUGCUAAACGGAGAAUCACUUUCUUCUGCAACUCUUUAUUUAUGAAUAUGCCUAAUGCUCCUAAAGUCCAUGCCAUGUUGUCAUUUUCUGUGUUGACUCCCUAUUACAAGGAAGAUGUUCUUUUCUCGUCAAAAGAAAUUAAUGAGCCAAAUGAAGAUGGUGUUUCCAUUCUAUUUUAUCUGCAGAAGAUUUAUCCAGAUGAAUGGACAAACUUCCUGGAGCGGAUGGGAUGUAAGACUGAGGAUGAACUCCGUGAUAGGUAUGGCGAAUUGGAAGAAGAUAUACGCCUUUGGGCAUCAUAUAGAGGCCAGACUUUGACAAGAACAGUUAGAGGUAUGAUGUACUACCGGCAAGCUCUUGAACUUCAAGCUUUUCUCGACAUGGCCAAUGAUGAAGAUCUCAUGGAAGGUUAUAAGGCCAUUGAGCUAACAUCUGUGGAGAACUCAAACGUUGGAAGAUCCUUGUGGGUACAACGCCAAGCUAUAGCUGAUAUGAAGUUCACAUAUGUAGUAUCCUGCCAGCAGUAUGGUAUUCAGAAGCGUUCAGGCGAUCCUCGUGCACAGGAUAUUCUACAACUCAUGACAACAUAUCCAUCCCUUCGUGUUGCUUAUAUCGAUGAGGUUGAGGAGCCUAGCAAUGAUGGAUUUAAAAAGAAUGAGAAGGUUUAUUAUUCAGCAUUGGUCAAGGCUGCUUUGGCUAAUGCUGGUGAUUCUACUGAGCCAUCACCAAAUCUUGAUCAGGUAAUCUAUCGCAUUAAACUUCCAGGUCCUGCCAUCUUGGGUGAAGGGAAACCAGAAAAUCAGAAUCAUGCCAUUAUCUUUACACGAGGUGAAAGUUUACAGACUAUCGACAUGAACCAGGAACACUACAUGGAAGAGGCACUGAAAAUGCGAAACCUGCUGCAAGAAUUUCUGGAAAAACAUAAUGGUAUGAGGUAUCCAUCAAUACUUGGAGUCAGAGAACAUAUUUUUACAGGAAGUGUUUCGUCUCUUGCGUGGUUUAUGUCAAAUCAGGAGACCAACUUUGUAACUAUCGGACAACGUUUACUUGCCAAUCCUUUGAGGGUCCGAUUUCAUUAUGGUCAUCCAGAUGUCUUCGAUAGAAUUUUUCACCUAACACGUGGUGGUGUAAGCAAGGCAUCUAAAAUUAUCAAUUUGAGUGAAGGCAUAUUUGCAGGUUUUAAUUCCACUCUCCGCGAGGGUAAUGUCACUCAUCAUGAAUAUAUGCAAGUUGGCAAGGGUCGAGAUGUGGGUCUUAACCAGAUCUCACUCUUUGAGGCUAAGAUAGCAUACGGAAAUGGGGAGCAGACAUUGAGUCGUGACAUAUAUAGGCUUGGCCAUCGUUUUGAUUUCUUCAGAAUGUUGUCAUGUUACUUUACCACUGUGGGUUUCUAUGUUAGUACAAUGGUAACAGUAUUAACUGUAUAUGUUUUUCUCUAUGGACGAUUGUAUCUUGUUCUCAGUGGUCUUGAUGAAGCACUAUUAACUGGUAGAAGAUUCAUGCAUAACCAACCUCUUCAAGUUGCUCUAGCAUCCCAAUCAUUUGUGCAACUUGGAUUUCUUAUGGUACUGCCUAUGGUGAUGGAAAUUGGCCUGGAAAGAGGAUUCCGUACCGCACUGAGUGAAUUUAUACUUAUGCAAUUACAAUUGGCCUCUGUUUUUUUCACCUUUUCCUUGGGGACCAAGACACACUACUAUGGGAGGACGGUGCUGCAUGGAGGUGCUGAAUACAGAGCUACAGGUCGUGGAUUUGUUGUCUUCCAUGCAAAGUUUGCUGAUAACUAUAGGUUGUAUUCACGUAGUCAUUUUGUCAAAGGUCUUGAAUUGAUGAUUUUGCUUCUUGUAUACGAGAUCUUUGGGCAUUCUUAUAGAGGCCCAGUGGCAUACAUUUUUAUCACUAUUUCAAUGUGGUUUAUGGUUGCCACUUGGCUUUUUGCACCUUUCCUAUUUAAUCCUUCUGGAUUCGAGUGGCAAAAGCUUGUUGAUGACUGGCAUGAUUGGAACAAGUGGAUCAGUAAUCAUGGUGGGAUAGGUGUAUCGCCAGAGAAAAGUUGGGAAUCAUGGUGGGCAAAGGAGCAAGAACAUCUUAGGUAUACAGGGAAGCGUGGGAUCAUUUUAGAAAUAGUGCUCGCCUUACGUUUUUUCGUCUACCAAUAUGGGCUUGUAUAUCACUUGAAUCUAACAAAGCAUACCAAAAGCGUGCUGGUCUAUGGUGUUUCAUGGCUCAUUAUCCUGGGAGUAUUGCUCGUCGUGAAGACUGUCUCGAUGGGAAGACGUUUAUUCAGUGCAAAUUUUCAGCUGGUUUUCCGAUUGAUAAAGGGACUCAUCUUUGUAACAUUUAUCUCAGUCCUAAUCCUAUUAGUAGCGGUUCCUCACAUGACAGUGCAAGACAUAAUUGUUUGCAUCCUUGCUUUCAUGCCUACUGGAUGGGGUUUGCUGUUGAUUGCACAAGCUUGUAAACCAGUUUUUCCAGCAAGCCUCUGGGGAUCUGUUAGGGCCCUUGCACGAGGCUAUGAAAUUAUUAUGGGCCUGCUUCUGUUUGCACCGAUUGCUUUCUUAGCUUGGUUCCCUUUUGUUUCUGAGUUUCAGACAAGGAUGCUAUUCAAUCAAGCAUUUAGUAGAGGCUUACAGAUUUCCCGUGUACUUGAUGGUCCCAAAAAAGACCGAUCUUCGAAGAACAAGGAGUAGCCAGCCAGUAGAUUAUCAAAUUAUGUGAAGACCCCCUGUGCAGUCAAUCUUUUGCCAUUGAAUUCCUAUGAUAUUGUCAUUUUAUCAUGGAUUUGACUGUAUAAUUUAGUGUAUUUUGAUCGUAUGCCAGAUGUAUAUCUAGUUAUCUUGUUGUAGAAUCAUGGCAUAAAUAUGCAACAGAACGUUUCGGUAAAUAUACAUUGAUCAAGUUGUUGGUCUUGCCUUCUA